UAAGCUUAAAAAACCUUGCCAUUUAUCAACUACUAGUAGUAUUUAUAGGCCUCUUUGUAUAUCAGUUUGUUUGCCCCUUGAAAACUUGUGGCUGCUAUAAGUAUUGUAGUGAGGUGCUUCCUCAUCUUGUCGUGUGUGUGAGAGAGUUAGAGAAUGGGAAAUUGCCAAGCCGUUGACACUGCAACUCUAGUGAUUCAGCAACCCAAUGGGAAAGUAGAAAGGUUGUAUUGGCCUGUGAGUGCUAGUGAAGUGAUGAAGACCAACCCUGAUCACUAUGUUGCUCUUCUUAUCUCCACCACAUUGUGCUCAUCCAAGGACAAUGAAAAUUGCUCGAGUAAGAGUGACAAUACCACCAACCCUGUUCGCCUUACCCGCAUCAAGCUUCUCAAACCAACUGAUACCCUUAUGCUUGGCCAAGUUUAUAGACUAAUCUCAGCUCAAGAGGUUAUGAAGGGUCUUUGGGAAAAGAAACAAGCAAAGAUGAAGAGAAACUUGUCGGAAUCAGCACAAAAGCCAAAUCUGAUGAAGGAAAGGACAGACAAAUCAACAAGGAGGUCCGAGCCGGAGGACAACCAGGAAACCAAAGCUGAAAGACACGGGUCAAGGACAGCAUCAACUAAUAAUGCUUCUAGUGCCACAGCUAAGUCAAGAACAUGGCAACCCUCUUUACAAAGCAUCUCAGAGGCAGCCAGCUGAUCUGUGUUUUCAAUCUUUACCACAUGUGAUGUGAGGGACAGAGGAGCAUUGAGAGACACUCAAACCACCAAAUACAAAUUAAUCCCGCUCCAUGAUUGCUUAGAUCUGUGGAAAUUAAAAUUAAAUUAAAUAUAUAGUACAUUCAGGGAAGCCAGAAAAAAAACUUAAGAGAGAUGAAAACAUUCCCUUCGGUUGAACAACUGGGUUCAUGCAUAAUAAUUGUGUAUAGUAAAGGUUGACAUAUUGAACAUUAAUUAAUGUAUUCAGAUAUUACUUUUUAGCGAAUCAGUCUUCAUCAUCAUAAGUUCAA